AUGGCUCUUGAAAUGGACUUUGAGAAUGAUCCUGAGGAGUACACGGAGUCUGGACACAAAAGGACGGCUGCCUUUGAUGAUAUGAACCUUAAGCUUACUCUUAUUCGUGGGGUGUACGCCUACGGUUUUGAACGCCCUUCGUCUAUCCAGCAAUGUGCCAUCAUGCCCAUCCUCGAUGGCCAAGAUGUAAUUGCCCAAGCCUCCUACGGUGCUGGCAAGACGGCUACUUUAGUUAUCUCCAUCCUUCAGAAGGUCAAACCUGAUCUGAAAGCCUGUCAGACUCUGAUCUUGGCUCCCAGCCGCGAGUUAGUUAUGCAAACCCAGGAGUUCAUAGUUGCUAUUGGCGACUUCAUGAAUAUCCGGUGUGGUGCCUGUGUCGGUGGAGUCAGCGUGCUCGACAACGAGAAGGUUCUCCGGGAUGCCCCCCCGGUGGUGGUUGGAACACCUGGCCGGCUUAAGGACAUGAUACAGCGUGAUAUCCUCAAGACUGCGAAUAUAGAGACGCUUGUCCUUGACGAAGCUGAUGAAAUUAUUGCUCGUGGUUUCGCGGAUCAGAUCUACGAUAUCUUCCACCUUCUUUCAAAGCCGGUCCAGGUUUUAGUUACCUCUACUACAAUGCCACAGGACCUCCUCGAAGCUACUGGCGUCUUAAUGCGUAAACCUCGUCAUAUCUACAUCACGAAGAAGGACUUCCGCCUCGAAGGCAUCAAGCAGUUCUAUGUUAAUGUUGAGAAGGAUGAGUAUAAGCUUGAAGCCUUCCUCCACCUAUGCGCAAGUAUCACGACUUUUCAGACAAUCACCUUCUGCAACACCCGCAAAAAGACCGAAUGGCUCAAGGAGAAGAUCAAUGUCCCCAACCUUCCCUUCUCCGCCAUGCACGGGGAUAUGCCCGCGUUUGAACGUGCUGAAAUCAUGAAGCAAUUUCGUUCUGGUUCGGCGAAGUUGUUGAUUGCUACUGAGCUCCUCGCCCGUGGUAUAGAUGUUCAGCAGAUUCCUUUGGUAAUCAACUAUGAUCUGCAUGCUAACUAUGAGGGUUAUGUACAUCGUGUCGGUCGUAGCGGACGCUUCGGCCGAAAUGGUGCCGUUGUCAAUUUGGUUACCUCGGAUGAUACCUGUCUAAUCAGUAAGAUCGAGGAUUUCUACAAUACCGAGAUAGAAGAGACGACUCUUGACAAUCUCAUGCUCUAUUUAAUGGAGCAAGAAUGGGCUAAGAGUAAAGAGAUCUCUCCCCGCCCGGCGAGAACGGCGGGCCCUUCGUAA